GUAAACCCUUCCCCAAGUUCUUCGCCCAACAAAACCGGCCACAAAACCCUCCCAAAACCCUUCUCCUCUUCCUCGUAAAACCAGUCACAAAUUGAGGGGAAAAUUUAAAUAAUAGUAGAAAAUGGGAACUCCAGAGACCUCCCGCGAGCCAUGCCCCGACCGGAUUCUUGAUGACAUCGGCGGCGCCUUUGGGAUGGGCGCCGUUGGCGGCUCCGCCUUCCACUUCCUCAAGGGCGUCUACAACUCGCCCAAGGGUACACGCCUCGUCGGCGGCUCUCAGGCCGUGCGUAUGAACGCUCCACGCAUCGGCGGCAGCUUUGCCGUGUGGGGCGGUCUCUUCUCUGUCUUUGACUGCUCCAUGGUCUAUGUCAGGCAGAAAGAGGAUCCGUGGAACUCUAUUAUCGCAGGUGCCGCGACAGGUGGGUUCCUCCAGAUGCGGCAAGGGAUGGGCGCCGCCUCCCGUUCUGCGCUUUUCGGGGGUGUUCUGUUGGCUCUUAUUGAGGGGGCAGGGAUUAUGUUAAAUAAAGUUAUGAGUGCUCCGCAGGAGGCGCCGAUUUUUGUUGAGGAUCUUCCAGCUGGGGCCCACGGGAUGCCGCAGGAGGCGGCGCCCGCUCCAGCUGCGUCUUCGUCUUCUUGGUUUGGAGGCUUGGAACGAAACGAAGAGGAGAAGAAGAGUGGUACUGGAGUGAAGACGGAGAUUCUGGAGAGCUUUGACUCGCCGAUCCCACCAACAUUUGAGUUCAAGUAAGAGAUUUUUGCUUUAUUUGUGUCUUUUGUUUAAGAUUGACAUGUUCUUGGAGUUGGGUGUUGGUGGCAUGGAACUGAAAAUCUGUGAUCUCGCAAUUUCGGGUACUGACCAUGAUAAUGGCCUAGUAGUGAUGUUUUUGUAGAAUAACAUGUUCAAGGUAAUGAAUUGACAUAAUAUUCGUGUAUAAAUGUUUUUGAAUAUUUACAUAAAUUUUGGAUGGAGAAAAUACGAUUGAUGCUUGAUCAGAAGAGCGGGAUUCCUGAUCUAUUGAACUCAUGUUGAAAUUGUUGAUAUUUUGUUUUCUGCUUUACAGAACGAUUUUUAGAGAAUCCAUUGUUGUCCUAUUA